AGAGAAAGUUCUGCUGACCCCUGAGGACCAUGGCGGGAUCGCCAGACCAGGAGGGCUUCUUCAACCUGCUGAGCCACGUGCAGGGCGACCGGAUGGAGGAACAGCGCUGUUCACUGCAGGCGGACCCGGACCAGACCCCUGAAAGUCAGGGUGGCCCCGCGCCCGAGAUGGACAGUCUCAUGGACAUGCUGGCCAGCACCCAGGGCCGCCGCAUGGAUGACCAGCGUGUGACAGUCAGUUCCCUGCCUGGCUUCCAGCCCAUUGGCCCCAAGGACGGAAUGCAGAAACGAGCUGGGACUCUCAGUCCUCAGCCACUGCUCACUCCUCAGGAUCCAAGUGCUCUCAGCUUCCGCAGGAACAGCAGCCCCCAGCCCCAGACACAAGCCCCCUGAGGGCCCAAGCUGACCUGGGCCCCGUUGGGCCCCCGAAAGCAAACAAUAAAACACUUG